CAGGGAAUUCCAAUACACAAGGCGACAAGAAGCUGCAAAGUUUUCUUUUUCCCCUGGAUUUCUCGCCUAAUUUAUACCAAACACAAUCCUUACUUUACCAUUAUUGACUUUAUAAAUCGUAAAUGAUCGUAUCUACUGAGCUUUAUUGCUAGAAAGACCGCGUUUUUGUGUCAAAAUGGAUUUUUUACGUAGCUCAUUCAAAAUGGCUUGGUUCUUGUUGUUUCUGUUUUUCAUUCAAGUUGUUAUUUUGCCAACAAGCGAAGCAUUGAAGAGUGGAUUCACGAUUAAAGUGGAAGCCGGUAAUAAGGAAUGUUUCUUCGAAGAGAUCAAGAGUAAUGUUAGCUUAGAUGUUGAGUAUCAGGUUGUAGAAGGUGGAGAGCUAGACAUAAACUUCUAUCUAAAGCAACCAAAUGGAAAAAUUUUAUUGGAAGAUGUUCAGAAAUCAGACGAAACUCACAACAUUAUUACUCCCGAGGAUGGAGUCUAUGAGUUCUGUUUUGACAAUUCAUUUAGUUCUCUUUCAUCAAGAACUGUCUUUGCUGAUCUUGGGGUAGAUUUUAAUGAUGAUGAUGAUGACGAUAAUGAGAUAACUACACGAGGACUAAAGGAUACAUUAGACGGGCUUGAAACAGAGACAAUUGUGGAAGCUCUUAUUAAGAUCAGAGCUAACCUGGAAAGAGUGGACCACAUUCAGAACUUUCUCAGGUCAACAGAAGCACGGGAUUUCAAGAUGGCAACAAGUAACUUAAACAGGGUAUUUUGGUGGUCGUUGAUACAGUCAGUAGCUCUGAUAGGUGUUGCACUUGUACAGGUAAAUGUAGUAAAACACUUCUUUGGAGGUGGCAAGUAUAAAGCAAGAGUGUAGCUUAGAAUUUUUAUAGAUAAUUGGAAUGCUGCUUAAGGGACCGUUAAGUUUUUAUUGGGGGAGGGGGGGGUGGAGGAUGGUGGGAUUCACUUCAAAAAUCUGACCCCACCUUUUCAUUGUUGUAAAAAAAAGGCCCCUUUUCAAUGACCCUCUAUAAAUCCCAUGCCUCAUUUUCUUUGGUAUUGCUUGGCCGUUUCAGAGACAUGGAGUACACAGAAAUAUUUGCUUUCCAUCAUCCAGCGCAUGCCAUCCUAUGCCAACUUUCUAUUCCUUUUUCCAAAGCUACUUACAGAGGAUUUCAUCAGCAGCUGUUUCGCUAGGGAAUUUUAUCUUAGCUUAAAUCAUUCACAUAAAAGAAUGUUGAUUUAUACUUACAAGUCAAGGGUGGCUAGGGGUAGCCCACAUGCAAACCGAAUUCAACUCUUAAUGGUAGUUAAAGUCGGUCUGCACUCAGGCUAGCCCAGGGACAGAGAACAAAUUAAUGAUACUAAGAAAUAUGCUUUUUAUUCCACUUCAAGAAACAUAACCAAUGUUCUGAAGGAAGGGCUACAGCCCCCCUUUGUCCCCCCACCCCCACCCCCCUGGAUCUGCAGCUGGUAGUAUAUGCUAGAAGAUUUCCCUCUAACUCCUGCGUCUCUGGGACUUUGCAUUAUGUGAACAAAGUCUCCCUUGAGGUUUGGAAAAAUUUGUUUUGGUUGUCUGGUUCUCUCUUUUUCUGUCAUCCUUAAAACCCCUUAAAAUAUAAAAAUGGAAACCAUAAAAAGUGAUAGGUCAAUAUAGGAAAGGACUAAUAAAUCCUACUCAAUGUCUUAAAAAAUAUAUAUUUAAAAUUACCUUUUAUAAUUAUGAGGGAAAAAAUUGUUAAAGCCAUUUUAUAUAUCUUGUAUCAAUAAUGAUGAAAUAAUGGUUUUUCUAUUACAUAAUAUCUUUUUCAAAAAAUUUUUUUUUUCAUAAUGGACUGAAAUUUUUCUUAAUUCUACAACUUUUCUAUUUUCUACCAAAAUUAUACAAAAACAAUGUUUGUAUCACCUAGUCAUAGUACCCAGAAUCAUUACAAUAAACCAUCUUCAUAAAAUAUGACAAAAUGUUUAAAAUGUUUUGUCAGAAAAGAGAAAAACAGAGUUCUUAAUACUCGGAGUUCAUACUAUUGAUGGUUUUCACGGUGGCCAUGUUGGGGGAACUUAACAAAAGAAUUGUCAAUGAAUUCUUUUGUUAUAUCCUCCAACAUGGCCACCAUGUCUUUUGUUAUUUAAUUCUCUUGGGAAUGGUUAAAAACCAUCUAUAGGAGCUUAUAAAAUUACAACACUUUUCCAGGGGAAAAUAUUAAAAUACCAGCACACUUUGAAACUUCAUGUCAGAAAUAGUACAACAGGUUUCCUUUACAACAACUUUAAUUUUUACAAAUAAUUAACACACUGUACUAAACAUUUCAAGGAGUUUUCCGGGAGUUGGUGGCAAAAUAAAUUUUUUAAGGGGUUUUGCAGGACCCUGGAAGGUAUUUCAAAGAUUCCAGGAAUUCCAGGAGCAGUACGAACCCUGGAAAAAAUGUAUGUGAUAGUGAGACAAGAAGACAUCCUGUUAAAGUAUGAUUCAACAUGCUCUAAAAAAUAUACUCUGCAAAUAUGAUAAGCUUGCUUUUGCCAAAUAAUAUUUUCACUUGUAAAAUUCUCCACUGGUCAUAAAAAUGUAAAGAGCUUUGAGAUGUAUAAUGUAUAAAUGCACAUGGCAGGUUCUUAUAUAGCCUAUACAAGGACCUGCCAUUAUUAUUUUCUAA